AUGGAAGAAUACGAUUUCAUCGUGGUUGGAGCCGGAAUAUCUGGUGUCGACGCCGCUUACCGCUUAAAGACUCAAUUGCCAGAAUGCUCCUAUAUCAUCUUAGAAGGGCGAGACGAAAUCGGCGGGACAUGGUCGUUUUUCAAGUACCCAGGCGUGCGAACUGAUUCCGCGGCCUCCAUGCUUGGCUUUCCUUGGCGGCCUUGGAAGCACGAGCAGGAUAUGGCCGACGGGCACCUCAUUCGAGAGUAUGUUGCCGACGCGGCGCGGGAUGAAGGCAUCGACAAGAAGAUCCGGUUCAAGCACCAGGUCACCGCCGCCAAUUGGUCCUCCGAGGAACAGCGAUGGACUCUGACGGUCCGUGCCGGUGGCAAGGAAAAAGAGCUCAAGACCAAGUUCAUGAUGGCCUGCACAGGUUACUACGACUACACCAAACCGCUGCAGGUCGAAAUACCGGGGAUAAAAAGAUUCCAGGGCCUCGUCGUGCACCCGCAGUUCUGGCCCCAGGAUCUCGACUACUCCAAUAAGAAGGUAAUCAUCAUCGGAUCCGGUGCGACGACCAUCACGCUGGUACCCGAAAUGGCUAAGACGGCAGGCCAUGUCACGAUGCUCCAACGAAGCCCGUCCUACAUCGCCGACCUCCCCAAGACCAGCCCGGUCGGUGCAUGGCUCAAGAGGACCUUCCCGGAAAGGCUCGCCCUCACGAUGCGCUGGUGCUCAUUCCUUGAGGAGUACUUCUUCCUCGUCGUCCUCCGCACGUUCCCAAACCUGGGGAGAAAACUGCUCACAGACGAGAUGAAGUCGCUGCUGCCGGACAAAGUGGACGUGAGCGUUCAUUUCAACCCCGCAUACCAGCCGUGGGAUCAGCGGUUAGGCAUGAGCCGGGACGGCGACUUCUUCAAGGCUCUGCAUCGCGACAACUGCGAGGUGGUGACGGAUCACAUCGACACGGUCACGGCAGAUGGGAUCUUGACUAAAUCCGGGAAGAAGCUCGAGGCGGAUAUCAUUGUGACGGCUACUGGCCUCUAUGUUCAAUUAUUCGGAGGAUUCACUCCCAUGGUGGACGGAAAGACAUUUGACGUGGGCAAGUCGUUUGCAUGGAGAGGCGCCAUGGCCAGCGGCUUACCAAACGUCGGGUUGGUGACGGGAUAUAUGAUGGCUACCUGGACGCUAGGGGCGGACGCCAGCAUUAAUCUUCUGGUCAGAGUUUGGAAGCACAUGCAGAAGAUUGGCGCCACAUCGGCAGUGCCAGUCAACGAGCAUGACGAUCUGGCUUCAUCGCUGCCGGUCGCGUCACAGAGCUCUACUUAUUUUGUGUUGGCAGAGUCCAGGAUGCCUAGAGUCACGAGGCAGUCGCCGGUAUGUUCAAGUUCAAGUUUCCUCUAUCCCCAAAUUCUAAAUGUGAUCACGCUCUAA